GCCCGGGCCCGGGAGCAGCGCCAGGGAGCUCCCGUGGAUCUGUGUCUUGCUUCAACAGUGUUUGAACGGAACAGACCCGGGCACUCCCUUUGUUGGCCUCCCGCCGCCUUUAGGGUCUCUCCAGCCGCAGCCUCCGGGACCAGCGCUUCGCCGCCCUCCCUCGGCUCCUAGGACCAGCCAGCAUCGUCUCUUCGCGGUUAGCUCCAGACUGCGAUCAGCCAUGACCUCCCAGGUUCGUCAGAAUUACUCCACCGAAGUGGAAGCUGCCGUCAACCGUCUGGUCAACCUGCACCUGCGGGCCUCCUACACCUACCUCUCUCUGGGCUACUAUUUUGAUCGGGAUGACGUGGCUCUGGAGGGUGUGGGCCACUUUUUCCGCGAACUAGCCGAGGAGAAGCGCGAGGGCGCCGAGCGUCUCCUCAAGUUGCAGAACGACCGCGGGGGCCGCGCUCUCUUCCAGGAUGUGCAGAAGCCAUCUCAGGAUGAGUGGGGUAAAACCCAGGAGGCCAUGGAAGCUGCCUUGGCCUUGGAGAAGAACCUGAACCAGGCCCUCUUGGAUCUUCAUUCCCUGGGGUCCACUCGCGCAGACCCUCACCUCUGCGAUUUCCUGGAAAACCACUUCCUGAAUGAGGAGGUGAAACUCAUCAAGAAGAUGGGCAACCACCUGACCAACAUCCGACGGGUGACUGGGCCGCAGCCAGCACAGACUGGCGGGCCCCAGGGGGCUCUGGGCGAGUAUCUCUUUGAACGCCUCACUCUCAAGCACGACUAAGAGGCCUCCCCGCCUCCCAAGGGCUCCCCCCUCCUCAGCUCUGCAC